CGAACUGUGGAAGAAUUUGCAAGAUUCUUUGCUUCGGCAUGGAACAACGGUCCCGCCAUUCAGCAGCCUCCGGGCUUACUUGACGAGUAUUACAGCAUCCUCGACCAAGUCCCCCAUGGCCUACCUGAACAGCUGCAAUCCAAGUUAGACGAGGUACGGAAGGGGCUUCCACUUAUCUUCCGGCCCGGCUAUCCUAUGGCUUUACAACACGAUGACCUCUUGGGGAAUAAUAUUUACGUGGAUGAGGCUAUAGGUCGCAUCACGGGUAUCGUCGAUUGGUCUGAUGGUAUAAUUGCCCCGUUUGGCGUUUCUCUUAGCAGCCUCGAGGCUAUACUUGGCGUUCAGACUCUGACCAGCUGGCACUUCCAUCCUAACCAUCUUAGCCUCCGGGAGCGUUUCUGGGAAACUUUCUACGGAGAGAUUGGGAAUAGCUCGGGAGAAGGUCGGCGCUCAAUUGAAAUCGCAAGGCUAUUUGGAUUGUUUCGGGCCCAUGGCUUUGAAGAAAAGGACAAGGCAAUUGUAUAUUUCGAGGCGUUAUGUUUACUUUAG